GGAAAGCACUUUGCACCAUAGGCAGAUAGCAAGAGAGAGGGCGAGAGAAGGAAGGCAGGAAUAGAGAGAGGCGGGGGGGAGGGGGGGAGAGAGGGAAAGAGAGAGAGAAGGAGAGAGACAGGGAGGGAGGGAGGAAGGAACAGAAAGUUUAUGUACAUAAACCUUUUUUAAAAAAAGUAUUGUUGCACCUGGUAGCUAGCUUUACUGACACAGAAAUGAGAGAGGUCUGCUCAGUGCUUAAAUAGCUGAGAAACAAUGGGAUAGUGCAGGAAAGUUAACAAUUAACAGUCUCAGCUUAAAUUUUGUAACUGCAGGGAACUGGAAACACAGCUGCCUCUCUCUUCAACAAAAUCAGGUCUCCUGGUUAAGGGAAGAAUUUUGUUAACAUCUUAGUUUCUGAAAAAUAAGCAGCUCCGAGUUGAAUGAGUAUCAUGCAGUUAUGGUUUUAACCAGCCUGCUCGUAUUUAACUAUCUCUGCUCAUUUUAAAGAGAGCGGCUGAGAGAGGGAUAACGAGGCUUUUGAAAUGCUUUUUACUUUACUUUUUUAAAUGAGGAUACAGGGCAAAAAAGGGAGCUGAAGGCGUCCGGCUGAAGAGAAGCAGCAAGGAAGAUGGGUCUGCUAAGUGUGGAUUUGCUGAUCACGCUUCAGAUCUUGCCGGUCUUUUUCUCCAAUUGCCUCUUCCUUGCGCUGUAUGACUCGGUGAUCCUCCUGAAGCACAUGGUGCUAUUUCUGAGCCGGUCUAAGUCUGGGCGCGGUGAGUGGCGGAGGAUGCUGACCUCGGAGGGGCUGCGCUGCGUCUGGAACAGCUUCCUCCUGGACGCCUACAAGCAGGUCAAACUGGGAGGAGAAGCCCCAAACUCCAGUGUAAUCCACAUAGCCAAGGGCAGUGAUGGCAGCAGUAGCAGCUGGAAGAGUGUCAGUGGCAAGUGUGGAACCAAAUGCCACCUUCUGGAUUUUGCCAACUCUGAGCGGCCACUGGUGGUCAACUUUGGUUCAGCUACCUGACCACCGUUCACAAGCCAGCUGUCGGCCUUCAGCAAGCUGGUGGAGGAGUUCUCUGGUGUGGCUGACUUUCUGUUGGUCUACAUCGAUGAGGCUCACCCAUCAGAUGGCUGGGCUGCCCCUGGAAUCUCUCCCUCUUCAUUUGAAGUUAAGAAACACAGGAACCAAGAAGACCGAUGCGCAGCUGCUCACCAGCUCCUAGAGCGCUUUUCCUUGCCACCUCAGUGCCAAGUGGUGGCUGACUGCAUGGACAACAAUGCCAAUGUGGCCUAUGGGGUUUCAUUUGAGCGAGUAUGCAUUGUGCAGAGACAAAAAAUUGCCUACCUGGGAGGCAAAGGCCCCUUUUUCUACAAUCUGCAGGAGGUUCGGCUUUGGCUGGAACAAAACUUCAGAAAAAGAUGAAAUCUGUUCUCUACAGAAGCUGUGUUAACAGGUGUGUCCCUUUAAGGUGAUGUAAAAGGGAAAAAAAGAAAACAUAUGCUGGUUUGAAUAAGGCCUUUCAGAUGAUUGCAGGAGAACACAUUUGAUAACAAGGUCAAAUGAAUGUUACCUAGGAAAAGAAAAUAAAAAACUAACUCCACAGAAACAUUAUUGUAUGAAAAAAAUACCACUCCUGCACUCGCUACAGGACAGAAGAGGUGAAGAAGCUUCUGCAAAAAGGUGCUGCUGGCGAGCAGGAAGAGUGAUGGGCUAACACCCGUCUCCCAGGAACCUGUCUGAUGAAGUACCGGCCCUGGGGUGAGCCAGAAGCGUUGCUGCUUGGAAGGCAAUCUAUGGAAAGGCAAUGCCGUGCAUUUCAUCAGAAACGCUUCUUUACCCUCCUGUGGCCAAUACAAGCAACCUGGGAGGAGCCAGGGGGUUUGCAAUUACUUUGCAUAGAAAUGCAGUGGAAUUGUCCUCUCCUAGAGAUUUUAUUGUUCAGAGACUACAGGAACCACCAUGCAAUGCAUUGCGCAUGCAGACUGGUUGCUCAGAUCAAGAUGAAACAUUGUAUGCUGGUAUUUGUACUCUCUAUGGAUGCCUCUGCGCAGCAUAUUACCUAUGUAAUUCUAUCUAUAUGUUUGUAUCCAGUAUGCAGGCCUGUGCCUGCUGAGAAAGAUGUUAAAAAAUCUAUAGAGUUGGACCAAAAAGACAAAGGUGAUCAAAUAAGCCCGUUACAAUUUGAAAACUAAAAAACCUGGACUAUUUGAAACAAAACAGCGAGAACCAUCUAGAGCAAGUAUCACGAUACAAAACUCAGCUGAUGCCAACCAACCCUCGGUUCUCAGAGCUGACAACACACAGUUAGCAGCAUUCUCUGGUUCUCUUCUCUGUUUCUUUACCCUCUUUGAUCUCUUUCUGUCCAGCAGUAGGCUUAAAGGUAAUUUCAUUUUUAGCUUUUUAAAAAAUAACUUAUUUCUCUCUCUUAUUUUUAGUUGAGAUAAUGACCUUACAGAUGUAUUUUGGGGAUGGGAGAACUUAUACACAAUAUUACCUCAUUUAAAUGGAAACCUAUCCUGUCAUUUACCCCAUUAAAUGUAGUCAUGCUGAUUUUUGCUAUCUUAAAUACAUGCAACUAAUUUAUAUCUAGGUUAGUUCGUCUGGAAGUUAACUUGUUUGCAGCCUCAGAAUUAGAUGAUCGUUUGUUUGUUUCACUCGUGUUCUCAAAAGCUUUCCCAGAGAAACAGGGAGGACAAAUAGUGUGAAUUAAUGUGAAUAAAUGUAAAAUGGAAGAAUUGUGAUACGAACGGGUUUGAGGAAUUAUUAAUUAUGUUUAAAGAGUUACUGCCAGAGUAUACAUUAUGUUUAGGUAUUUCUAAAACUAAAAUUAUUUAAUCAAGCCUGAUGAAAAGGCAAGUUUAAAAUGUGCUAACCCAUUAGAGCUGGUAAAUGAAAACCCAUAAGGAGAUGGCCUAUCCAAGUUUUCUCUCAACUUUGGCAGAAACAUGAAACAGAUAAACAGGGUAAGUGGCAAAAAUCAAAUUAAUUCUUAUAAUUUCUCAUCCUGCAAGUUGUCCGGAACAUGAUGUAUUAAUACUAAUACAGGAAAGAACAGAAAAUACAUACAUAAAUAUUUUCAUUUUCACAGUGUCCCUUUAACAUUGUGUAUUUCUUCUUGCUUGGCUCUUGGUUAACUUAGCCAAUGUACAAGGCAUUUGGAAAUGUAUUUUCAAGCACAGAUCUGAAAUAAUGACAGUAACAUGAGUGAUUUCUCCCAUAUUCAGGUUCAUGCUUCCCUUCCUUUUCACGUUUUCCUCCACACACUAUUAAACCUAUACACACACACACACUUAGACAGUUUGGUAAUGUGUUUCAGGGAAGUGUGUAAAGACCUUCUGGUGAGCCCCACUUCUCAGAAGGCAUAUGUCUCUGUGUGCGUGUGUGUGUGUGUGCAUGUCUAAGACCAAUAAUAAUUAUUAUUAUUCUGUCCUCCCAUUCAUUAAUGUUACUGUAACUCACUGCUCAGUGUGGAAGAUUGUUAUACAUUUUUGUGACUAACUGGGAUAUAUCACUGAAAUUUUUAAAGCUAAUAUCAUAGAAAGAGCAAUGUAGCCAAAAUACGUGGUUUAUUUAAUUCAGUGUCCUACCUCUGACUGUAUCAGAUGCUUCAGGGGAAGGUGCAAUAAUUUCUUCUGGAAUUUUCAUUAGGUUCAGCCCUUAUUAUUUUUGUCUUACCUGAUAUGAUUGUUGAUGUCUCAUCAUCCCUAUGAAAGGCUGAUCCUGAGUUUUAAGACCUAAAUAUUUCUUGAGGUGGGAAAUACUAAAAUCAAAACCCAUCAUGUUUAGGAACAAAGAAAAACAAAUAAAACCAGAUCUUUUUUUUCAGAUUUAAAUUGGCUGCUUUUCAAUGUCAUUCUCAGCUCUUGCUCUUGUAUGCUAAAACAUAUAAACAAGAGUGAUCCCAAAUUUUCUUCUGUAUGUUAGUGAUUAUAUACUCUAUAUAGAAAUUUACAAAGCUUGUUUGUUUCUUAAGCCAAAUAAUAAUUCUCAUACAGGUCCAUAUUCUUUGCCUGUCUCUGAAUCUCUUCUUUUUUUGCUACCUUGUCCUUUUACUCAAGUGAUUAAGCUGUACAAGUUAGUCCAAGUGAAAAUAUGUAUUGGUAUACCCAGCACAACAUCUUUUCCUAUUUACAUCCUAUUCUUCAGUCAUCUGAAACUUUAUUAAUCCAUAGCAACUCCAUAGCCUUUGUAAAACUUAAACUAGUAAGUCUUUUCUUUCUCUCAUCUUUUCCCCAUCAUACAGUUGAAGUCUGAACUCUUUAUUUGGGAAAUGCUAGCCAAAUGUUUAGCACAGCUGUUGAAACAUACCUUUAGCUCAGAGCAAAGAGUCUGAGUUAGUAAUUCAGUUAGUUAAUACCCCUUUAUGUAUCUAAAGUUACAGUUAUUUUUCAAGUCCAUUUUCUCCUUCCUUUUGAAUUUCCAUUAUUUUGUCUUGUUAUUCAUAGAUGCCUGUUCAUCACACAGUAUAAAGAAAUUAUAAAAUUGGCUCCUGUAAAUGGGAAAUCCACAAGGAUUUUCCACAAGAGAAAAUACACAAUAACUUCAUUUCUUUCUUGGCAGCAUGAAUGCAUUACCCUGCCCAAAACUUAAAGAUAGUUCAGCCUCACUGGUUAUCAGGACAGAAAUACAUUUUGCAAAUCCUUAAAUUUCCCCAGAAAAUUUGUUGUCAGAAAGCAGGGAAAGUAUUUCAAAGAGAAAUGGGCUUAGAGGAAAAAAAUACCUUUAGUAAGUGGCUGAUAGAAUUACCACCUCUUCUUUUUUUUUUUUUGGUUUUGUUCAUAAAAUUAAAACAGUUUCUAGAAAUUGUUUUAAAUUAAACUUCAUGCAUUGUCCUCAGUUAAUGAUAAAAGUGGCCAUAUGUCAGAGAUACCCAAAAUUAUUGUAACAGUGGGUUGUUUUGGGUCCAGGCACAAAUUUUUGCUACCUUGCUAGCAUUGUACUUCACAAUUGGUCUGGUCUACUGUGAGGCUGGAUUUGUUUUUGUUUCUUAUUCUCACUGUUUGAGGGCACUAAACCGUAUUACUUGAGGUGCUUCAGUGUGACAUACAUAUUAAGCAAUAGCUCACAAAAUAGGUGCCUGAAAGUAUUCUGGAAGGCUACUGUAUAUAACAGAGACCCCAAUACUGUGUCUCAACAUUAGUAUGGGAAACUUCCGGUACUUUUUCAUUUUGAGCAAAGUAAAAAGCUAUUCUGGGCUAUCAUUCUACAUUGUUCUGUGCUUAGCAUCAUUUAUUUAGCACUGUAUAAAAUGAACGUAAAGCAUUUUGUACAGAUGAAAACAAUAGCAUUUUGUUCUUGCUUGUGUAGACAAUGACAUAAAUUUAAGGCAGCAGGAAAACAUGCCCUAUUAAAAAGAAAGAAAUAUAUUACAAAAUAUAUUGUUGAACAACUGUCGGGACACUUUGAAAAACAAAAUGCAAUUAUUUUUAUGAAGGUGAUGUUGGUGGGAAAACCCACAAAGCUUCUCAAAAAGGUAUCAGUGCUAUGUGUUCAGGCGUGUGUGGGGAGGGAGGUCAUGUUUCUGUAUGUUUGAAAGUGGCUUUUCUGUGAUGUGGAGUGUAGGUUUAAGAGUUUUUAAGAAUUUCAUUCAGUACUAUAACCAAAGCAAUAAAAGGUAUCAGGUAGGGAAUAUUGGCCAGUUUAGUUCAACUCUACACCAUAUCUGUGCGGGAUCCAUAUUCUGUGACCUUUGGGCCCAAUUUGGAGACUUCAGAGAAGAGAGAUUGGGGUGAGACAAUGAAGGCUUGUGUGCUUAUGAAGAUCGCUAACAAAAGAGUAAUUAACUCAGUUGGCGUUCAGAUGCCCUCACACUGGCAUUCCUCUGUGCACCUUAAUGUUUCUGUAUUCGAAAAAUGGGUCUCUUUGGGGCCAUUGAGAAGAUCUCCGGGGUGUAGAUGCCUGUGUGUACUGACUAUGUGUGUGUCAUUGUUUAAAUGUCAAAAAUAUACUUUGUAGGAGAGCCAGCAAAAUUUUGUUACAAUAUGGUGCUCCAUGAAAUGUGCUUUCUAGAUUUGUUUUUCUUAUAUUAUAAUAAACAAUAAAGGAAAAUAUACCUCU